CCGCUUGCAGGCCAGCCUGGCCUGCCAGAGCCGCCGCCACCAUGAAGGACGAGGCAGCCCUUCUGGCCACUGUCACCCUUCUGGGCGUGCUGCUGCAAGCCUACUUCUCUCUGCAGGUGAUCUCGGCGCGCAGAGCCUUCCGCGUGUCGCCGCCGCUCACCACCGGCCCGCCGGAGUUCGAGCGCAUCUACCGAGCCCAGGUGAACUGCAGCGAGUACUUCCCGCUGUUCCUCGCCACGCUCUGGGUGGCCGGCAUCUUCUUUCACGAAGGCGCGGCGGCACUGUGUGGCCUGGUCUACCUGUUCGCGCGCCUCCGCUACUUCCAGGGCUACGCGCGCUCUGCGCAGCAGAGGCUGGCCCCGCUGUACGCGAGCGCGCGCGCGCUCUGGCUUCUCGUGGCCCUGGCGGCCCUCGGCCUGCUCGCCCACUUCCUUCCGGCCGUGCUGCGCGCCACGCUCCUUGGACAGCUCCGGAAACUGCUGCUGAGGGCCUGA